AUGAAAGAAGCUGCGCCGACCACUACCUUUACCGUCACGGAUACCAAAGCUAGCGAACCAAUAGAGCCAGCCCCGGCACCAAGGGAAACCAUUGUGACAGCACCGAGCGUUGAGACCACACCUACCACUUCACCGACAUUCGAAGCGGGUUCCAAACCCCCAUCUCGCAGAGUAUUGCGACUAAAGUGUCCGGUGUGUUCAGACUAUCCCGAUGGCUUCCGCAGUGAGCAUGAACUGCGACGUCAUACCAACCGUGUGCACAAAAAAGCACGUAAAGUCUGGGUGACCAUCGACACUUCACCCGACAAGUCGUUUCUCGCCAACUGUAAAGCAUGCCAGACCGGGAAGAGGUAUAACGAAUGUUACAAUGCCGCAAGCCACCUCCGACGCAUGCAUUUCCACCCUCAUAAACGCGGGGAGAGGAAGAUGACUGCAGCAGAGGCUCGACGAGGCGGAAAGCCUGGAGACUUGGAUCCUCCCAUGGAGGUGCUCAAAGCCAACUGGUUGCGAGAAGUGGACGAAAUAAUUGGAGAAGAGAAUUCACCUACCGAGGACGAUGCAGCGAGUAUGUCCUUGUCGCCGACUCAGACCAUGCCCACAGGGCAGCUACAGCCACAGCCGCAGCCUCAGAUUACUCCCAACAAGGCUGGAGCAAAGGCACCGCCGACACCAACCACGCCCUCCACUCGGUCGAUGGCGAUAGAUAGCAUAGUUGAGAAGCAGGACGCUGCAUGA